UAAGAAAGCAUCAAAGGUACAUUAAUUGGACCCCCCAUCCUUACUCAUUGUAUCAAAGAGACAAAAACCAACCUUCACCCACUCCCCCUCAUUUUCCUGCGGCCUGCACCCUCCAAGCUAGAGCAAAGAAGUCCUCCAUCUCCAUUGUUGAAGAAAGCUCAACAAGGAAAGAUCCCAAGAAAAGGAAUUUAAGUGCUAAAAGUGUGAAGGUUAAGGAACUUGAUUAAAGUAUCUUUGAGCUUCGCCGGAGUUUCGCCGGAGUUGGUCAAAGUUGGCCGGAGUUGGUCAAAGUUCACCGGAAAUAGUCAAAGUUCAACCGCGGAGCGUAGAACACGCUUAAGCUCACUUAAGUUUCAGGUAGAACUUGAAGGGUGCUACCAUCACCGUUGCUUCGGGCGGAUUAUCAAGGAGAGGAGACGGGAAAUGGAACGCACCGGUAAAGUCACCCGACGAAACCCGACUGGCCAGGCGCCGGGAAGGUCCCAACAUGGCAGUCGAGGGGCAUCAAGGGUGUCUCGGGGGCAGGGCCGUGCAGGCCACUCGCUGACCGUUAGUGACGGUCAUGUUGAAACAAUUGACGAGCAUUAUGAGUCCGAGGAGGAUUCAACGUACCGACCGGGAAUGGAGCCGGUUGAAACCCCAUAUGAUGGGGAAGAUGAUGACAUUAGCGAGGGGAGCGACGAUAACGACGCUCUAGAAAGGAUUGAGGAAUUGCUCCGGCAAUAUCAUCAAGAUCGCCAAAGGCGCCGGGCAAGGCGUGCUUCGAGGGGGGCUUCGAGGAGAGGGAGCCGUGUGAGUCCUAGGGGAAGCAUAGAACCCCAAGGAGGGCGAGGUGCCGAGGUUCCUAUCAUAAGAAUCUCGAAGUACCUAAAGGAGGCGAGAGACUUGGGAUGUAAACCGUUUGAUGGAACGGGAGACAUCUCCGUGGCGGCCGAGUGGAUCAAGAGAUUCAAUGAAGCGGCCCUGGAUAUGCAGCUGCCACCGAACAUGAAGUUGAGAGUGGCCACAAGACUACUAGAAGGCAUGGCGUCCACAUGGUGGGACGGAGCUAAAGGGAAGUACGGCGAGGCCGUCACCUGGGAGAAUUUCCGACAAGAAUUCUUUAGCCAAUACUACUCCGACUUUGAAGUGAAUUUAAAGAGGAGGGAGUACACAACCUUAAUCCAAGGAGGUGAGUGCACAGUGAAGGAGCUUGAGCACAAGUUCAGAAAACUUGCUGAGUUCAUACCGGAAUACAUUUGUGAUGAGAACCGGAUGGUGAACCACUUCUGGAACGCCUUGGACCUUGAUAUACGUGAGAGGGCAACACAAUUGCCUAAUAUGACGUUUAGCCAAGUGGUCGAACAAGGCUUGAAGGGGGAGAAGGAAUGGGAGGAAAGGAAGCGAAGAAAUGCCGAGGAGGCAAAGAAAAGAAAAUGGGAGAACCAUGGCCCCCAG